AUUUAAUAUAUACCAUCUAAGUUGAAAAAAAAAAAGGACGAGAGGUGCUUUUCUUUUCGUGGUGAACAAAGUGAGAAGGGUGCGGAGGAGAAACGUGAAAAAUGUCUCAUGUCGAAGCAAUAACCACAGAGGAGAUCCUUCAGGUGUACGAGAUGUGUCUGAGCAAUAUAAAUUUGGGCAAAAUGCGGGAUUUGAGGAACGAUGCGAAGCUCCGUGCUGUGAAUACGGCACCGACUUAUGAAGAAUUUGAGGACAUUGUCAACUCUGCACACUUGAAACCUUUCCGGAAGGGUGAGAAGGAGCGCAUUGAGCAGAUAAAAAAUCCACGAUGGAACACAUCCAUUUAAAAUGCUGAGAUUACGUCUUGUUCCUCACGUUCCUUACCUUUUUUCUCCACAUUCGCGCGCCCAGCGUCUGUGUGCCUUUUUGUGUGUA